AUGGACAAACAACGCAAGUCCAGUUUAACAAGUUUCAAUCUACAAACACCAGAGGACACAGUGAAUGAAGAAGGCGUGCUGUCAAAGAUAUUCGACAAGGUACUACAUGCAGUAGCAGGAGGAGGAGGAGGUUAUUCAGUAGCAUUAGCAGAACAUGGACAUGAUGGUGAACGCGAUCCACAGCAACGCUUGCCCCAUUCCAUUAGUGCCAAUUCAAGCCUCAGUAAGCAUUUAACUACUGCUUCUUCCUCCACCACCCUCUCUUCUCCUUCUACCACCACCACAACCAACAAGGAGAAUUUCCCUGUCCUCGAUGCAGUGGCUGUACCAAGAUCCAGCCGAUCCACCACCACAGCAACGACAACGACCACUGUCACUGUAGGCAAUCAAAAGUUGGAGCCCACACCACCUACCGCCUUGAUGGAACCCAACCAGCAUGCAUCUCCUACCACAAAUACAGUUCAAUUCAUUGUCCCACCGUCAUCGUCGUCGCAUGAUGCCAGCAGUAGUAGCCACCAUGACACAUUGGAUGACUUGAUACAGUCGUCACCCAUCAUUGUCAAACGACAAUCCAUCGACAGUGACACACAAUCGGUUGUUACCAACUUCUCCAUCAGCAAUUCCAAUUCACUGUCCAAGAUUUUAGCGAGAUUGAGAAGACAAAAGAACGAUAAAGAGUUUUGGAUGCCGGAUGAGCAGUGCAAUGAGUGCUACAAGUGCCGAAAACCGUUUACGUUAUUGAGAAGAAAGCAUCAUUGUCGAACAUGUGGUCAAAUCUUUUGUGGUAGAUGUGCAUCGCAUGUUAUUUCUGGCAAACUGUUCAAACAAAAGGGUCAAGUGCGAGUGUGCAAUUUCUGCUAUGCAGAACAGUUACUGCAACUGGAGCACGAAAACACAUCGAUGGAAACCCUCCUGAUUCCACCGCCUCCUCCUCAACCGCCGCUGCCACCCUCACCGACCAUCCUUGUAGAUAAACAACAACAACCUCUGAUAGAACAGCCUUCAUCGACAUCGACGUCGAUUAUACCAUCCCAAAAACCGCCAUUAGCUGUCCCACAAAUGCAAAUACCCACCACUGCAUUGAAACAAGCAAGAAGCACUUACGGCAACGAUAAUACAACGACUUUUGCAUUAGAGAUACCUGCACGUGGAAGCGAAUCCUACAUUGCCAAUGCAGUGGCUGCUGCAGCAUCGCCCAUCGACAAUAGACCUUGGAUCAAUUCAGCAGUAGAUGCCUUCUCUACUACAGAUGUUCUCCCACACCAUACCUCCACCACCGCAUCUACCAUACCUACAAUUACCACCACCAACACCAGCCAAACAACAACAGACGCAGGUGGCUUGAAACGCUUGUUUGAUGCAGGUACCAUGCUACUCAAAUCCACCACCACCUCAUCCUCUUCUUCCUCACGACCACGCUCCAAUACGUCAUCUUCAGCACCAAUGGAAGACACACGCACACUGCCGUUUCCUCAAACACCAAUGCAACCAUCACCAUGGGGUCCAUUUUCGCCUUAUUUGGAUCGUGGUGGUGGUACAGUGCUGGCAGAAUCGGAACUCAGUCCAUUUCCAGGCAACCAUCAUACUAAUGGAUUUGAUGUAUACCAAGAUCAGUUGCAUCAUCAUCCUUAUCUACCCACGGGUAGUCAUAGCUAUCACCAUGCCCACUAUCACCCUCAUCCACCAAGCCAAUUAGUGCACAGCAUUUCUGCUGCUGCCAAUAGCUCUCCCAUGGCACCACCAUCACCCUUGAUGAUGAGUAAAAGCAGUGCAUUGUUGCAAACACCACAUGUAUCGAGACUACCAAAUGAUGGACUACUGGGAAUGACACCUUCUAGCGCCAUCUCAGCAGCAAUUGGCAGUGAUGAUGAAUCGUAUGACCAUCGAUUACGCAUGAAACGCACCGAAGAAUUACGUGGCAUGUCAUCUGGCAGGUCAUCCUUUCAAACCAUACGACGUUUGAGUUUGACUGGAAGCAGUAGUUCAGGUGGUGCAGGAGGAGGAGGCGCUGGCACUGGCAAUGGUACUGGCAGUAAGAAACUCAUGCGUCAUGGUAGUAGCAAGAUCCGCAUCAACACCAUGAAUCUGCCAAAAGGAGGAGGAGAAGAAGGAUCGCCCUUGGGAUCACCCUACAUGUUUGAUUUCAACAACACUAAUGCUGCCAACAACAAUGAAUCUACAGCCUCCCUAUGGACCAUGAAUCGAUUGCGAUUCCCUCCUCGACAACGCAGAUUAUCUGGACCCCCACAAACGGUUGAACUGAGCCUCAGUGCACGCACCCAUGCUCGCACCAUCCUGCGCCAACUCAUGCAAGACAUCACCCUGACCUACACCACCAAAGAAGCAUGGGAAGAGGUCAUUAUGAACAUCUUGCUCAAAGUUACCAACCAUGUUCAGCCGGAUAUCCGUGCCGGCGACGAUAUGGAUGUUAGACACUAUGUCAAGAUCAAAAAGAUCCCAGGUGGCUUGCCCAGCGACAGCUUCUAUGUCAAGGGCGUCGUGUGCACAAAGAAUGUAGCUCACAAACGCAUGCUAAAGAACAUGUCGCAUCCUAGAAUCUUGAUAUUGAUGUUCUCCUUAGACUACUCGCGUGUGGAGAUGGAGAACCAGCUCUUGUCCAUUGCACCUGUCAUAUCACAAGAACGAGAGCACAUUCGAAAAUUAGUGGGUCGCAUUGUUGCCUUGAAGCCCUCCUUGUUGUUGGUGAAAUCCACCGUAUCUCGACUCGCGCUUGAGUUUCUCUUGGAGGCCAAUAUCCCAGUCGUUCAUAACGUCAAGCACAGCGUGUUGGAAGCCAUUGCCAGAUGCACACAGGCUAGUAUCGUGACCUCAGUGGACAAAUUGCAGCAUGGCUUGUCGUUUGGACGCUGUGGUUCGUUCGAAAUUCGUACCGUGAUACAUGAAUGGCUGCCUAACCGACGCAAGACGUUCCUAAUCUUUGAUGAUUGCGCACCUGAAUUGGGCGGCACCAUUGUACUGAGAGGUGAAAAGGUAGAGACGUUGCGUAUCAUCAAGCGGUUGAUUGAUUUUAUGGUGUUUGUGGUCAAUAACUUGAAGUUGGAGACAUCGUUGCUUUUGGAUUCAUUUGCCAAGAGCCGUGGUGCUGCUUCGUGUGAUGACAGCAAUAGACAUCGAUCCCCUUUGAUGUCCAUAGCAGCUUCUGGCAAGCAUUGCGGCGAAAGUGUGGCUUCCAUGGACGAGGAAGAUGGACAGACGGUCAAUGCGCACUACAUCAAUGAUCUGCUAAAUUUGUACCAAAACACAAUCUUGUCCGUAUCUCAAUUCGUCAUUUUUCCUCCACCUUAUUUGCUGUUGGCGCUCAAGGAAACCGAAGACAAACUGGCCUUGAUUCAUCAGCAAAAGAGACGCAAGUCGGUGUCUGGUUCUUCUGUGUUGACCAAUGCCACUACUGUCACUAUUCGAGACGCUGUGCCUCCUACUCAACCUCCUCUCUCUGCAUCGCCUACCAAAUCCACAUUUGAAAAGCAACAUAUCAAUGCAUAUGAUGACGAGUACGACUUGAUUGCCAAAAACCACCAAAUAUCGCGUGCCUGGGAUGCCUACAUUGGCGAGAACCCCGAGUCCAUUUCUCCCUUUUACCAUCAGAACAUUGUUGUAUUGUAUUCCAGUGUCUGUACCGUCACCACUGUGCCUUGUCAGGGCCCUGAAAUCCGUAUCUUUGGCUUUUAUCGCUAUCCGUCAGACAAGACACUGGGACAGUAUUUGAUUGAUCUCUGCAACGAUGCUCGUCAGCCCUGUUCGUCGUUCAUGUGUGAUCACCCCAUGUUGCAGCAUUACCGCUCUUAUGCGCACGGCAAUGCACGCGUCAAUGUCAUGAUUGAGCAGUUCCCUUGUCCUCUACCUGGCAUGUCAGACAAGUUGCUGAUGUGGAACUACUGCAAGGAAUGCAACAAGCCAACACCCGUGAUGCCCAUGUCUGACAAUACGUGGAACUAUUCGUUUGGCAAAUUCCUCGAGAUAUUCCUCUACCAGCAAGGCGUGCAUUGUCGUGCUGAUAUCUGUCCGCAUGACAUGGCUCGUCACCAUGUGCGUUACUUUGGCUACAAUGAUCUGACGGUGCGAUUCCAGUAUGAUCCCAUUGAUUUGUUGGAAGUAGCUGCACCUCCCAUGAAACUGUUCAUCAAAAACCAAGUGCAGAUGGACAUCAAGGAAGGCGAACUCAAGUCAUUGCGAUCCAAAAUCAACAAGUUUUACCAGUCCAUCAUUGAGCGAAACAAGGCGUUUCCAUUUGACCUGGUGGAUCCACGCAAGUUAGAAACGUGCAAAGCAGAGUUGCAAGACAUGUCACUGGAGGCACAGGGCGAAAAGAAGGAUGCACUGCAGUUGGUGCAGAAUGUGUAUGCCACGUCAGAUCCCAUUGACACAUUGACCAUCAACAUUGUGCGCCGCAACCUGUUUCAAGUCGUGGCGCAUUGGGAUGCCGUGUAUGCGGAUUUUGUCCAAUUCUACCUGCAGCCUGAACGUGAGCUCAAAAAAAUCACUACAGCCCAGUUCAGAAAGAUGUUUCCUACAGACGAUGCCAGUGUGAUUCACAACAUGGACAACGAGCGGACAAAACGAGCUACUGAAGUCACUGAUCUGCCUUUGCUAGGUAUCGGCCUUGAUGGAGAAGACGAUGAUGCCUUGAUUGGACAUAUUCUCAAACAUGGUCGAAUAGCCGUUCAGCCCAAUCAAGUCAUAAUGCCUGCGUUGUCUGGCACACCGUCUAUCGAAUCGCCUUCUCUGCUGGUUACCAUGGAAACGACGGAAACAGACACUGCCCAACCAAAGCAACAAAGCAUCGACCCGGAUCACAAGCAUUCCUUUUUAGAACCUGAACUGCGUCGCCGAUUAUCGUUGGAGCUUAUGCAUGAACUGAAUGAAAAGUUCAAAUCGAACGAGGACGAUCAACAGCACCGUCCUGCAGGCAUGCUCUCCUUGAAUCGCAUGGCUUCCAACAAGUAUUUGCGAGUCAAGAGCCCUGGUGCACUUUCAGCUGCAUUCACACCCUCUCGUAUUCCUAUACCUCGACAAUUCCGUCAGCAACAACAACAACAACAGAAUAAUGUGGUUGCAUCUCCCAUGUACGAAAACUUCCAUCGUUUCAACCAUUUCAACAAUCUCGAUCCGCCUCGUCUAAACUCCAGUUAUCUACAGUAUCAUCAUCGAAGCAGUAAUAGUAAGCGUACUAGCAAUAGUAGCAAGGGAAAGCAAAUAUUGGAUAGAAAAGGCAGUAGCAGUACUAGUGGAAUAGUGCCAGAUAGGAAUCGACAUCGUAGACAUCAUUCCAUUGGCCACAGUCAACACCUCCCAACAGAUUACGAGGAUGAGGAUGAGGACGUUGGAUUAUCAGAAGUGUCGUUCCUACGUCGCAGUGCAACCACAAGAGCCUCAGGUACAAGCAAUACUACUCCAGAUCGUCGUUUCAGAUCUCGUUUACCAAGAAAGAAGACAUACAUUCAAGUCUAUACACAAGCCAAUGAUCUGGUAAAAGAAGACAUGGAGGAUGAAUUUGGAGGAGGAGGAGGAGGAACAGCAGCAGCAGCAGCAGCUCACGCCAUCACUGGCAGUUACAAUGCAAAAAGACAGCACCAUCGUAAACAGCGACAGGGUUACUUUGGUGGAGCAAGACGAGAUACUUAUGCACCUACUCGAUUCUAUCAAGAUAACGGCAUGGAGGCAGAUAAUGAUGAUGAUGACAUGUCUGACGAUAGCUCUAGUAGCAGCGGUUCAUCUGACAACGACAACGUGCCUAGUAUUGAUUACUUCUCAUCAUUAGCACCCUAUGCUUCAGAAGUGGUACAACACGGAUUACCGGAAGGAGCGCCUGUAGAGGAGAUUGAUCAGGAAAAGUCCAACUUACCUGCUGACCCAUUAUCACCCCCAUCGCCACAACGGCCCAUGCCCUUAGCCAUUGCCUCAUAUCACUCGCUUGCCAAACCCUAUUUUCCUUUCAGUGAUGGGCCAAUAGACUUGUCGUCUGGCGUGUCAGGGGACGAUGACACUGACCGAGAUUUACCCAGCGCAUCCGAACUACUCAAGAUUCAGCAGCCCUCUACAGAAGACGCCAAUGUAUUGAGUGGGUUGCACAAUUUGCAUCCAGACAUCUUGUUGGACAGUGUAGCAGAAGGUGUGGUCAGUGGCAAGACAUUGACAGAAAAUUUGGAUGAGUUGCGACACUCGGCAGAAAAGAUAUCAUUUAUGAAGACAUUGACCAAUUUCUUGACGGACAGUGGUGUUGGCAAUUUACUGCCAUUGGAAUCGCCCUUGCAACCCACGGAAUACUUGUUUCCUGAUUCUUAUGUCAUUGUACGUGAAGACGAACCUAGCUCCAUCAUUGCAUACACACUGAGCUCGGAAGAUUACAUUGACAAAAUGCACGAUAUUCAGGAUUGCAGUAGUGGUGGUGAUCAAGGAUCCAACGAAGACACUAUCAAGCCAGGCAAUGCUUCCAUUAGAGCACCCUCUGAAGUCACUACGCUGGACAACACCCUCAUCAACUCACAAGCACCCAACAGCACCACCAAUGCCGAUGAUAUUCAAGAAACCUUACUGAGAGAAUCAGGCACACACAUGCGAUACAAUUUCUCUACUGGCUCCACCAAAUUUUUCUGCAAAAUUUUCUUUUCUGAGCAAUUUGACGCUUUGAGACGCAACUGUGGAUGCGAUGAGAGUUACAUCAUGUCGUUGGCCAGUUGUAUCAAAUGGGACUCCUCGGGUGGCAAGUCAGGUUCUGCGUUUCUCAAGACCAAGGAUGAUCGCCUAUUAAUGAAGCAAAUGUCCAGAUACGAGUUGGAUGCCUUUUUAGGAUUUGCGCCUGCUUAUUUCCAAUACAUGUCGGAAGCUUUCUUUAGUGAAUUACCUACCGUGUUGGCAAAGAUAUUUGGCUUUUAUAGUAUUGGGUACAAGAAUUCAGCUACUGGUAAAUCCAUGAGAAUGGAUGUACUUGUCAUGGAGAAUUUGUUUUAUCAAAGAAAUGUCAAGAAGAUUUUCGAUUUGAAAGGAUCCAUGAGAAAUAGACAUGUUCAAUCUACUGGAAAGCAGGAUGAGGUCUUGCUAGACGAGAAUCUUGUCGAGUUGAUCUAUCAAUCACCACUGUUUAUACGCGCUCACUCAAAAGAAAUACUUCGCAGCUCAUUGCACAACGAUACACUGUUCUUGUCAAAUAGAAAUGUCAUGGAUUAUUCGUUGCUUGUAGGCAUAGAUGAGGAGCGCCAGGAACUGGUGGUGGGCAUUGUUGACUUCAUCCGAACAUUCACUUGGGACAAGAAAUUAGAAAGCUGGGUCAAGGAAUCUGGUAUUCUAGGUGGAGGAGGAAAGGGACCCACCAUUGUAUCACCACGUCAAUACAGAAUUCGAUUCAGAGAGGCCAUGGAACGAUACUUUUUAAUGGUACCUGAUUUCUGGGCACUGACAAGACAAAGCCGCACCACGUACUCGGCCUUACACAACCAACGCUCUCCUUCAGGAUCAGAGGAAGAGUAA